AUGGCGCCAGACGAUUCAUCAUCGAUUGCCGGAUUCGAUGCGCUUCAUAGAUAUUCAAACUCGCUGUACCGCUCAAUGUGGGGUGAUGCCUAUCCGCAAGUUGAACUAUUGGAUGACGUGGAGAAUCGAGACAUAUUCGCUUUUCUCUGCGCAUCUAUGCAGCUUCGUGCGGUUGAAUCCGCCUUUCGACAAAUUGAUCUUCGAUAUGGGGAGCUACUUGAAGUGGCGUCAGAUAUUUCCCUUUCUACAGACAACUCACAUCGUUUGGUGGCCAACAUCCGUGCCUUUGUUCCUAUAUAUCAUGCUGUAAAACUCGAGCUCUUGCGCAUUACUCGGAGAAAUGGCCUGACCACCAAGAUGAAAAUCGUACCCGAAGCUCAUAUAACCGCCAUAAUUGAUUUGGCCGUUCAGGCUGAUAAACAUCAAGGGGUUGAAGGCACUAUUAGAGUAGCAUGGCCGCUCUUUGUUGUUGCUCUUGAAACGAGCAACGUCGUUCAUCAGCGCUGGGUCCUUAAUCGGUUCAAAGCAAUGAGCAGCUAUAGUAAGAAUCUGGAGCGUGCUCAUCGCUUUCUUACAGAAGCCCUUCGACGACAAUGUGAGAACAUUGAAGUUUACAAAGACUUUAGGCUCGAAAAUGGGGAAGUGUUUGUUAUUUAA